AUACCGUCAACAGCACGGUCAAAUCCUUUGCAUGCACUCCACCUAAAAACAUCAGCACAUAUUCGGUUUAGUAAUGAUGUAGUGCCUGCUCGCACUGUGUUCCAUGCAUCACAUGCUGCCAUUAAGCCCCUUUUGCAGGGUAUUUAAACUUAGGAACAGCUCGACGAUUCAUUGGAACGGCUGCAUGAUAUCAGGUGGCAAGAUAUCCAGCAAUCAAGGCAAAACAGACUACAAGAUCCACCAGCUCUCAAUCCAGUUAGUCGUCCAUGUACUCAGUGGCUCACAGGUGCUCUGGAAGGUCAUCCUCAUGGAGGUGGAGGUGCACCAUGUUGAGAUCCAUAUGCAGUGGCUUCUGAGAAUGCAAUGGUAUCUGGACACUUGCCGGAUUCAAGGCCAUACCCAUCCUAACUGCCCUAGUCUGCAGAACUUGAAUGCUCGGUAGAUGCUGUAUCAGUACGAUAAUCCUGUAGGACAAAUUCCAUGAUCCCAUCACAUGCAGCAACUGUCCGGGAAAGCCGCCACACCGGUGCUCCUC